CACACAUAUUGCCACUAAAAUUAUUAACCAUAAUUUGCACGUAUAUACUGGAGACGAUCAGUUACUAGAAACUUCCAUGGCAAUUGAGGACCUAACUACAUCACUGAGCGAUGAUCAAGCUGAAAUUUCAGACAUUUCCAAAACGACAGUUGCAAUUGAACAGCAAAACAUAAAUUUUGAAAUUCCAGAUUUUUCGAAAUAUGUAAAAAGAGUCAGUGAGAAAAAAUGCAUGGAAUACGUUUACGAAAUGGUUAAGAGACAAGAAAACGGCCUUUCAAUUCGAGAUUCAAACCUUACCAUUAUAAAUGGAAAAAUAGCAAAAGUAGCGGAGUACCCACACAUGGGCGCUCUAGGCUGGUGGACCAAUGACAUUCCCCGACGACUGUCGUUUUACUGUGGUGCAAGUUUGAUUAGUGAUCAAUAUCUCCUCACGGCAGCACACUGUACGAGCAUUCCAAGAGAUGAUUUAGUGCAACAUGAACCGAACCUCGUCAGACUUGGCUCUAGAUAUCUAGAAGUAAGUGAUUUUAGCAGCGUAUUUCUCAAACACCUUCCAAUAAAAUUAUAAUUUUUUUAGAGUUCUACUUUUUGUUUUAUAAUAAAACAUAGACGAAAGAUUGUUAAUUUUUACACAUAUGUAAAAAAAAUAUUAUUAUAAAAACAAUUAACCCGAUUACUU